GCAACAUUGUAAGCAAUGUGAUCGCCUACUUAAUCUGUGGAUACAAGCGAUUUUUUGUUCAAAAUUUGAAAUUUUCUUUUGAUGUUACUACUAACUUUCUACUUUGGUAAAAUUUCAAAUAAUUUGUUCCGCGUUUAGAAUUGAUCGUUAAACUGAGAACAAAGCAAUAGAAAAGAAAACUUAAUUAAUUAUUUACAUAGUUAUAUAUUGUCUAUUUGUAUUAAUAUUUAAAUGUUAAAAGUUAAUUUGUGUUUACAUUGCAAGAAGCAAUAAUGUCGUGUUUUACUGAUUUUGAAAAUAUGGACGAAGAAAUUAAAGAACUUUUCAAAAACUACAAAAACAAAAGAGCUACAAUAUAUGAACCAUGUACUAACAAUAAUUUCAAGGAGUGUUUAAUCGGACUUUCAGAGGAACUAGGACUUCUCAACAUAAAUUAUGUAUUUAACCCCCAUAUCAACAUUGAAGGGGAAACUUUGAGCUCAGAUGCCUUAAUAAAACUGAUAAAUGCUGUAUGGACACUGUUGCAUCAUUAUAAAAAUAUUGCAGAAAAAUGUGAAGCUUUACAAGAACAAAACUAUAUUCUGGAACAUAGUAAUAAACAAUUAAAUGGUUCCAUGGGUAAAUUAAAAAAUAAACUGAACACAGAGAAAAAUGAGUCCCGAGCUUGCGUUGCUUCUGCUCAAAGGGUUUCUGACCAAUCAAAUGAAGUGUAUCAGAAGUUAAUUGACACUCGUGCAAAAUUAAAUCAUGUGGUGAAACAAAAGGAGGCAAAUGAGAAAUCAUUACAAAAUAAGAUAGCGAGGUUGACGCUGGAGAAUGAAAAGUUAACUGACAAACUUAGGGGUAAACCAAGUGGAUACACACCAUGCGCAGACGUCUGUGAUGCAACCGUCAGACACUUAAAGGAAAAGGAGAAGAAACACAAGUCAAUAAUAGCUCAAUUACAGGCCAAUAACCAGGAACUGUUAAACGAAGUUAUAUCUAUGAAGGAGGAGCUCAUUUUGUCUGGUUUAAAAAAUAUUUAGUGUAACACGGAUUAAUGCUUAUUAGAAAAACUCUGUUUUGCACAAAUAUAAAUGUUAUUAAUAAUUUACAUCACAAUCUAGUAUUUUACAAUUGACACGAUUUUAGAAAAAAAUCUCAAGGGCUAUUUGAUUUAUUGCUUAUUUAUAAUGUUCCUCAGUUACCAAAAAGUAUUAUAAUAAGGUUGUUUUAACUGAUUUAAACAAGUUAACUAUUAGGAUAAGUUAUUGACUAUGAUAGGUAGCAGUAACGGUUAACAUAUUUGUCAUUUGUCAACUCUUAAGUAGGUUUAAAACUAGAGACAGUUUGUACCAAAGUUUUUUUUUUUUUAAAACAAAUGUUUUACUAAUUUGUAUUCAUUAGCGAUACAGAGACACAAGUCGGGUUCGCAAUGAUUACUCGAUUUUAUUAGUUCUAUUAAUUCGAAUUGAUAUAGUUGUACGUUAUUAUAUUAUAGGUAUUGUUAGAUGUGCCUUCAACUUUAAAGCUUCAUUGUUGUUCGUUUUGUAAGAAAAUCAUUAUAAAAGUAGCUUUCACCUGGGUGCUUUUCUCUUUCAUAAGUCCGUCACAUUAAAGAAACUACAUAUUUUAAAUGAUUUUACCAAUAACCUGACUAGCUAAACCAAGUUGUGUAUCAUGACCUGAAAACCUAACACACACAUGGUAUGCAGAUUGACCAGUGAUUGUCUAAAGACAAAAUGAUUCAUUGAAUUUCAACCAUUAUUUUGUCUUCAUGUUCAAAAUAAUGGUUUUUAGGAUUUUUUCGUUGAUUUAAACUAACAGGAAAUAAUGUUGUCAUUUUUAUUAUCUAUAUAUGUACGUUAAUUAGUCAGAUUUUGUAUAGUGGACAAAAUGUGAAAAUAAAUACUGUUUCAAUCGCCAACUACUCAAGGACAUAUCUGGCUAAUCGAUAAUUGAUUAUUUUAUAUAAGGUCGUUUAUACACUUUGAAAUAUACGUGAAAUCAUAUUAUCCGGCUUUUUUUAAAUAAUUUCUUAUCCAAUAUGCAGGAAUUAUAACUGUCAAACGCAUCAUAUCACAUAUGACACUUGAACAUAUUUUUAGACGUUUAUAAAUAAUUAAAUUGAAGACAUUGUUAUCGUGUGUGAUUUUGUAAAAUUAGUUACUUUUCGAGGUUAAUAAACAAUUGCAAUACGA